CAACGUGAAGGGACGUGAUAAUUAAUAGUGGCAUAGUGAUUUAAUAUACAUAUAUCUACAAGUAUUAACAUUAAGUGACUCUAAAUGAUUAUCAAAAAGGACAAAAACGAAAGAUAUUAUUUUUAUUAAUGAUUAUGAUCACUAUAUUUUGAUGAGUUUGACUGUUCGGAGAGUUCGAUCAGUUUGAUCACGUGUCAAGUGACUCUCAUCACUCUUCACGUAAAAAAAAAAAAGAAGAGGCAGAGAGAGAGAGAGAGAGAGAGAGAAUUAUAAAAAAUGGAUCACGUGCACGUGAAAUCGAGAUCGAGUUCCAACUCGAAAAGCAACAAUACGACGAAGGUGGGCUGCGAAAAGGCGUCGAGACGCCUUAGGACGAUUCUAGUGAAGGCGUCGCGUCUCGGCGUCUCCACAUCGGAGGUCGCCGGAUUACCAGCCGCCAAGAAGCUCUUCCCACAGAAAGAUCAUGGUUGGAGACUUGCGGUUUUUCUUCUUCUCAUGUUCGCUGGGGGUGUUAUCGUUGCACUCGUUUGCACCACGAGAAGAGGAUGCUCCAAACUCGAAGACAUUAAUCUAGCGACCUAGCCGGCAGGAUCCAUUGUUCUCUGGAGGCCAGAAACGUUAGCAGAACAACAGCAACAGCAACAGCGACAGCGACAGCGACAGCGACAGCGACAGCGACAGC